GGGAACCCCAAUCUUGCAUUAUUAGCCGGAAUUCUGCCUGCCUUCGUUAUUUUUCAGACCCCUAACCGAGUCCAGAUUAGCCGGGCUUUAGCCGGGGUUCUACCGACGUCUUGAAACCGGCCCCUAGGUGAUCGCCGCCUGUCAUACUCGUAUCAUUAUUCCAUAGGAUGGCAUGCUGAGUUCUGGGUGCGAAUGCCAACGGUUGCAUUGUCCAAUUUUACGCCUUGAAGCAUGGAUUUUCCCUGGAAGCCGUUAUGGACGCUCGGGUAAGACUGCGGAAGGCCUGUGACGGCUGUAAUACCCGCAAGGUCAAGUGCGAUGAGAGUGGACCUCCGUGUCAACCAUGCGCCAAAUUGGGUAUUCCUUGCACCUAUACCCGGCCUAGCAGGCGCCGUGGCCCUCCUAACCGCCAUGCGGAAGCCAUUAUUAAGAAACAGAAGCUUACCACGACCUCUGUGGACUCCUCAGCCUCGUCCGAUCGGAUAGAGUCCUUUUCUCCUCGGCCAUCGUCGAUUGACUUGCCGUUCAAUAAUGCCACUGCUUCCGCAGAAGCUAUAUGUUCUUUGCCCACCUUGCGGCUUCUGAUAGACGACUAUUUUACCUACAUCCAUCCUCUCAUACCCGUUCCCCAUGAGCCUACAUUUCGCGCCGCCUUUGAGCGGCGACAAGACACCACUGAUAGCACAUUUUUGGCGCUUCUGGCGUCCAUGGUGGCUGUUCUGGUAGCAUCGUUUCCCCGACGGCCGAAACUCCAUCUGAAAUCGGAAAGCGAAAGGGCAGCCUUUCCGGAUUCUAUGUCGUUGAUCCAGAGAUGUUACGAAGUCGCUAUUCAAGCCCGAGGUGUCGGUUACCAAGAUCGGCCUUCCACUGUGUACGAUGCUGCAGCCAGCUAUAACUUGGGCAUUGCUUCGGGUUUUGUAUACAGUGUGCAACGGUCUCGUAUGUAUCUAAAUGAAUGCCAGGCAAUGAUCCACGUAUAUAAUCUGGCCCGUCGGCCUCGGUCACCGGACGCGGAAGCCCUGAUGUCUCAUCCAGAAGGCCCUUUGCGCAGCACGGUGAACGAUCAGGUUAAUAUCAUAGAGCAGGAACUUGGCCGGCGAUUAUACUAUCUGUGUUUUGUUGCCUAUCGGACAGGGGAACAGCUAGCCUCCAAUGACGGUAAGAAUUUUGCUAUCCCAGAGACCGUAAUCGAGCGCUAUCCUCCCCCACUACCCCUCGAGGUCGACGAUGAGUAUAUUUUCCCAGGCCACGUUGAACCUCAGCCUGCAGGUACCGUUUCCCAGCUCGUGGGGUUUAAUGCAAAUGUUCGGGUCUUCAAGACAACAACCGAUAUCAUAGCUUGGGAAAUUGCUUUUGGGGCCGGUCCACAAGACUGGGAACGUCGAAGGAACAUCAUAUGGGAAUGCUUGCAGAAAGCCAAAGCAUCACUUUGCGAUGUUCCGCAAGAGCUGGCGCUGAGGAGCCCAGCAAUCCUUCUGGGAUCUCCCACGUUGCAGGACCAACGUGCCAUUCAGUUCGAGAUCCAGAAAGCGAAUAUAUGUGUCACCCAACUAAGCACAAGGUCAUAUUUGGUGGAGAAAUAUUGGAAUGUCUACGAGUUGUAUAAGAUAUACCGUGAACGUGAGUGUGGCGUCAACGGUGAUACGGGAGUAGAUGGUAGUCUACAAGCACAAGCAGACACGGAUUACAUUGGAAAGAUGAUGGCGGAAGAGCGCCGCCAAGUGGUUAAAGAUCUUUUCCUAUUGGUGCAGUCUGUGAAUAAGAUCAACAUGCAGCCGAAUGGUGCCAGCAUUAGUUUCAAAAUUCGCCAAAUCGCCUCUACGUUGCUGAACAUCAUCCACGAAGACGAGGCCAUUAACCGCGGAGUAUCCGCACCAGGUCCUUAUCUGCUCACGCUGGAAGAAGCGUACUCUUACCUGCAGAUUUUCAUUGAUACACUGAUGCGUCUGGAAUGCAUCUUACCCUUGCAGCCAGAGAACACUGGUCCUGCAGAAUCAGCUGUGAACGCAAACAGAGGGAUGAGCUAUGCUAACGAUCCGAACAUUGACGAAGAGGAGCUCCGACAGUGGGCCAAUAUCAAGAAAUACCAGAAGAUAUUUGCAGAUGCGGGCGGUACGCUGGGACUCUGACUUUGUUCAUGAUAUACACAUAACCAGACCAUGCCUGAUCUGGGAAACGGGCCAGUUACAUUUGACCUCUAUAUUAUAUUCCCAGUGGAUGUCUCCACAUGAAUAACAAUUAGUGACGAGGCUAGCCAUGAUUCGAAAAAAGAUAAUUCCAGAAAGUCCGUCAUAUUAGACAAAAGAUAAGAGCAUUGGCAGCUGAGCUAUCUAGUUAUCUGGAUAUACGAGCAGCAAUUCUGCCUCGGUUUCAAGAGCCGUUCGUCUCGAAUCAGAGACUGUGUUUAUCAGUAAAGAACGACUCGAUUUCCAACGAGACAUCAAGCACCCGUGGAUACCGGAACUUUAGGCGAGAUCGUGUCCGUAAAUAAAGAAGCACUCAUGGAAAAAUAUUCAUACGACGUGACAGUAACAGUCGCGACGGAGGUUAUCGUAUCGUGUUCCGUGAUCGUGGUAGCGAGAGGACAAGACGACGAUGAAGAAGAAGCUGGUACCUUGGCGGGAGGAACAGCGGUGGUCGAUUCUUCCACCGUCGAAGGAGGCGGGUUAGCGGAUGCUGUAGGUGCGAGCGUAGUCACAAUGACCGUGCUCAUGAGGUCGACGCUGAUUGUACAACUCGGCAAUACGGCGGCACGUUUAUCGAUGCCUGCUGUAGGCAUAGGGCCCCUCUUCCAUCCGUGGAACCACGUAGGCCAGGGAAGAGUCGUAAAGGUCUCGGUGAGGGUCGUGAUGCCAUUAUCAAACGUGACCGUCAAUGGGAAUAACAGUGGAUCUGCUACAGACAGCGAUGUAGGCAGCGGUGGCAGUGAACAAGGUAGGGUUUGGAGGGGAGGAAGCUCCGUGGGAACAGUGAAGAACGUCGGUAUUAUGGGUUCUCUUUUUUCCAGGAAAGCCGGUUCCUCUUCUUCUUCAGGCUCACCAACCGCUUCUAUAAACCGAUUUUCGAGCGUCGGUGUUGGUUGUUCGAGUUCAUCAACUGUUUCUAUAAACCGUUCUUUGAGUGCCACUGCUGGUUGUUCGAGUUCAUUUUCUCCAUGCUGGACAACUUUCAGAGACCCGGGAGUAAUCGGGCCAGCCAAGCAGACUGAGACGAGCCAAAUGGUUGCACUGAGAUAUGCGAGACGCAUCUUGUUGAAGAUCACACCGUGAUUCUUGAUCGUAGGUGAC